AUGGAGAACCAGAGGUCAACCAGGAAAGAGAUAGAGAAGGUCUUUCACAUGAAAACCAGGAGUCGACUCCAGGAGGAUCAGGAGAUGGCUCGUGAUCUUAUAGAGAAAGCUUUGUACAGUUUGGAACGCCCAUUUCACCCUUUGUUUAGUCUCACCAGUGGAACCUGCAGACUAGAUUAUCGCAAAACAGAGAACAGAGCUUUCUACCUGGUUCUCUUCAAGCACAUGAUGUUCCCAGAGAGGAGAGGCUGUCCCCGAACAGCCCUGGAAUUCUGCAAACUUAUCCUAAGCCUCGAUCCAGACGAUGACCCCCUCUGCUUGUUGCUGAUUAUUGAUUUGCUGGCAUUACAAGCUAGGGAUUAUGGGUUCCUAAUACAUAUGUUCCAGGAAUGGGAGAGUCAUCGAAACUUGUUCCAGCUCCCAAAUUUUGCCUUCUCUGUACCACUGGCAUAUUUUCUCCUCAGUCAGCAAGAUGAUCUCCCGGAGGUUGAACUGAGUUCUGCAAGGGAGAAUGCAUCUCGCCUGAUCCAGCAGGCACUCAUCAUAUUCCCCGGCAUUCUCAUGCCCCUGCUGGAUUGCUGCAGUGUGCACCCAGACUCCGCUGUUUUAGCUCAUCUUGGACUCAGGACUCAGAUGAGCCAACCUCCUGCCUUGACCCAGCUGGUUCCCCUACACAUUGGGAGGACAUACUCUCUCUGGAAGGAUUCUAUCAUCAUGGCUUGGCUAGAAACAAAUGUCAGAGAAGCGCUGCAGACAGUAGAUGCUGGUGAACCCAUAGUGGAGGAAGCUGAAAGAAGGCAGAAGGUCCGGUACCAGAGUGCCUCCAGAAAUAUCUAUCGCCGUGUGAUCCUUUCUGAGAUGAAGGAGGCCACCGCAGCCCUGCCUCUGGAAGUGACGUCCCAGCCUGUGAUGGGGUUUGACCCUCUGCCUCCCUUGGAUUCCAUCACUUCCUACACCAGACCAUGAAGGGCAUACCGUUACUCCAAUGAAAGCACAUUAUCUCUCUUCUUUGGAUCAUUGUUGCCAAAUUUUACCUUUCAGGGAGAAGAUGAAAUAGGCCCAGUUGGCCCCGAAGAGGACUUUGACCAGGGCUUGAACAGGCUGAUGGCAGCCACACGAGACCUCCUGGCCAGCAUCCGGUUCCAGGACUCUCCGACAGAAGAUAACCCUGAUAGGAAUGGGGAUGAGGAUGAAGACUGGGACUAAGACUAGAGCAUCCAGAAUCCCAGUGAUAUGCUGUAGAAUUAUGUUCAUGAUUUUUUUCGGUUGAAAUUUAAUAGUUCCCUAA